ACUCUGUGUAGAUCCCCCAACGUUAUGUUGACCUUGUAUAAAUCUGCACCCUCCAUUGAUGAUGUCAAAGAGACUGUGGCAAAGUUGAGGGGUGGAAAGACGCCGGCAUCUGUAACAAUAGUGUGGAGCUGCUCAAAGCGGGGGAUGAGGUCAUGAUCUAUGGGUUGCAUGCUGUCUUGACUGCUGUAUGGCAUUCAGGUACCAUUCCUCCUGAAUGGAAAAAGGAGUUGGUCAUCCCUAUCUGGAAGGGGAAAGGGGACCGUCAAGACUCAAACAACUACCGCGGUAUAACACUGCUCAGCGUACCAGGCAAGGUGCUUGCCCAUUUGCUGUUGAUGCAUAUCCACAGUCACCUGCUGAAACACCAGACAUAUGAAUAGUCUGGGUUCAUGCCCAGUAAGUCACCAACAAACUGGAUCCUAGUGCUUCGCGUACUGGUGGAGCGCCGACACGAGUUUCGACAGGGGAUGCUUGCAGUCUAUGUUGAUCUCAAGAAGGCGUUUGAUUCAUUGCAUUGAGAGACACUUUGGGAUCUUCUGUGUCUCCGUGGGAUUCCUGCAAGGAUUAUUGGUCUAUUAGCCAACCUCUACUCCAGGACUGUGAGUGCUGUGAAGUGUGGAGGGGGUGUGUCCAGCUUCUUUCCUUUUCAGCACUUACAUGGACUGGGUACUAGGCAGAGUUGUAGACCAAAGUCAUUGUGGAGCAUCUGCCAGCAAUACUGAGAUUACAAAUUAUGUUUUUGUUGAUGAUGCAGUAAUCUUUGCUGAGUCACUGGAGGUCCUGGUAAUGGCUCUAGAGGCACUGCACGAGGAGGUGAUGCCCCUGGAACUCCAGGUUUCCUGGCCCAAGACCAAGAUUCAGAUUUUUUUUUUUUAUGCAAGAGAGGAAGCUGGCCAAGGGCAACAAAAAAUGAUGUUACUUAAAGAAAUGCCUACCGCCAUGUUUUAUAUAUACCGCCAUGUAUUGAUUAAACCAAGCAAAAAUUUAUAUACAUCCUCACAGAAAAAGAAUGUUACCUUUGUUAAAAACAUUGUUCAAAGCUACAGAGUGCAUAAUGGAGUAAAUACUCAUUCUCAAUGUUAUAUCUCAAGGAAAUGUAUUCUUAUACAAAAAGACUUUCUUCAAAUUCAAAAGCAAGGGGUUAAUCAGAUUUGCCAUUAUCACUGUGCUGUUAGUAGUAGAAAUCCUGCACAUGGUGACUGCCUAAAGCAACUUGCAUCACCCAGAAAUAAGAAUUUAUUUGCUAUCCCUCAGCGCCACAUGUCUCUGGCAUGGUUAGACUCUUUAGCUGUCACUCAGGCAGGCUGGUUCAGAGCCCUUGGACAGUCACGGCUGGUAGAAAAUCUAAUGGAAGGAUUACAAGCCAUCCAUGAUUAUUCUCACUUGUCCUGGUGGGGCUCUAUAAUCCUCUCUACUAUCUUAAUGCGCAGCAUUCUCACCUUUCCUCUUGCUGUAUAUCAGAAGUAUAUUAUGGCAAAAGUAGAGAACCUCAGACCUGAAAUGAAUGAAAUGAUACAAGAACUGAAGAAGGAAACUGCUUAUGCAGUAAAGAAGUAUGGAUGGAAUGAAAGACAUGCAAGGUACAUGUUCAACAGAUCGGCCAAGAAGAUGUGGAGGGAGCUCAUAAUUCGAGAUAACUGUCACCCAUUCAAGGCCAGCGCUGUUUUGUGGGUCCAGCUUCCCCUGUGGAUUUCCAUAUCUGUGUCCCUCCGUAACAUGUCCUCCAUGAUGCCACACCAAGAUACAGCUGCCCAGGUGUUAUUCAUGCAGUUAAGCACUGGAGGAUUCGGUUGGAUACCAAAUCUCACUGAUGUAGACCAUUCCUUGAUUUUGCCAGUGCUUAUGGGACUCACCAAUCUUCUUAUUAUUGAGAUUAAUGCUCUGAGUAGGAUUCAGGAAAGAUCCAGGAUACAGAAAAUUGCUACAAAUGUGUUCCGUGUAAUUUCUGUGGCCAUGAUUCCUAUUGCAUCUGCUGUGCCUUCAUGUGUGGCACUGUACUGGGUGACCUCUAGUGUGUGUGGACUACUUCAAAAUCUGGUACUUAUGCAUCCUGGAUUUCACAGAGCAUUGAGAUUACCUCCUGUUGUUUCUCAAUCUCAGCAACCAUAUCACCAUCUGUGGCUCCAGCUACUGAAAAAAAUGUCAAAGAAAGGAAGUGCACAAGAAUGAGAUGUAUAUAUUUUAGUGUAUUUAUCCAUAUCAAAAUCUUUUUUAGGUAAUGUACAUAAUUAUAACUUGAAUUUCAUAAAUUUCUUUUCCUCAGAAAACUGUAAGACACUUUUGUGACCGGUCAAAGGAGUAAACAUUAAGAUACAUCACUGAAGUAGUAUAGAUAACUAAAACAUGCAAAAGAGGUGAUGCUGAUGUAGAAUAUUUGACUGUCAAUUGCAGAAAUUUAAAAAAAGCUGUGUGUAUGUGUGUAUAUAAAACAAAAAAAAGAAAAGUAUUUAUAGUAAUUAAGUUUGAUUACCCAUAUUGGAGACAAAGACGAGUAGCAUCAACAGAUAAACAUAGUCAUAAUUUCAUACUGAGCUUUAGAAAUAUCUAAUGCUGUGAGCCUACUGAAUACUCCAUUAAAAUCAAUCAUAGGGGGGUAUAUACAGAGGGGUCCACCCCUGCGGAUGGACCUCCAUCCCUCUCCCCCUUGAUGCCUGUGACCUGCACGCUAUCUCUUGGUAUCUCCCUCCCUAAUUGAUUCUUCCAACGGUGAAACACGUGGUGCUUGAGUGUGUGAAGUAUGCGAGAGACAGGAAUGAAAUGAUGCAAGUGGUGCUGAAGCAAUUGGGGAAUGUCAGUGGAGAUGACAGGAGAGGAAUGGAUGGUGUUGCUGAAGCAAUUGGGAAAUGUCAGUGGAGAUGACAGGAGAGGAAUGGAUGGUGUUGCUGCUGGAAUUGUGUGGAGACACAAAUAACAGGAUGAUUGAAGCUGUGAAGGAAUUCCUGGAGAUAAUGUGGCGUGCUAGAUGUGUGAAUCAGUAAGGUGAAUUUGGUGACUGUUUUCUGUUUGCCGUUUUCCUAUUUUUCCCUACAGAAGUUGCCGUUACAAAGACUCAUAGACAGUCCCGAGUCACUUGUAUCAUCAAGUGCCAAGAAUGUGGAAUGAAUGCUGGGUGACUCUGUUUGCAUAAGGGAGGACACAAGAGUAAGAAUGAACUGAAGAACUAUAGGCCGAUUGCAUUAUUAAACACAGUAGGUAAGUAUUUCGUGGAGCGCUGAAUGAGAGAUUGUGUAAAUGGAUUGAGCGGGCUGGAGUGUUAGGUGAGGAACAGAAUGGUUUCCAUGUGGACAGGAGGGCUGAGGAUAACUUGUUUGUGGUAAAUGAAAUGAUUGAGAAAAAAAGAAAGGAGGGAGGCAAAUUGUAUUUAGGUUUUUUGGAUAUAGAAAAAAGCUUAUGAUAGGGUGGAUAGAGAAAUGUUAGUCAGACUUAGGAAAGACUGCGUUGAGUGAAAAAAUAAUCAACAUAGUGCAUCAUAGCAUGUAUGUUGACACCAAAGCUAAUAAAUACAGACUAGGAGAUAUAAAGACAGACUGGGUGAAGAGUGAGAGAGAAGUUAGGCAAGGAUGUAUUCUGUCACCAACCCUUUUCAGUUUGUAUACAGAGGAGUUAGCAGCCAGAUUGAGAAGAAUGAAUGCAGGAGUAAGAGUGGGAAAUGAGAAGAUAGGUGUGCUCCUUUAUGCAGAUGAUGUGGUGGUCAUGAGUGAGUCAGCAGUUGAGUUGCAGAGAAUGCUAGAUGUUGUGGAUGGAUAUGGGAGAGACUUUGGAGUUAGGUUUAGUAGUGAGAAAA